AUGCCGGGCCUAAUGCAGAUGCCAGGGCUGAUGCCGAGGCCAAUGCCGGCUGGACUGCCGGCGCCGGUGCCAAACCCGAUGGUGCUCAUGAUGUACCAGCAGCAGAUGGCCAUGCACGCGCACAUUCAGAAUCUUGCGACACAAGCUGCUGCGGCACGCGCGGCGGCCACGGCUGCGGGCGUCAUGCCGCGCGCCCAGCUAGAUCCGGCGGCUCUGGCGGCGGUGCACGCGGCGCAGGCGCAGCAGGUUGCGCAGCUGAAGGCGCAGCAGGCGGCGCAGGCGCAGGCGGCGCAGGCGGCGCAGGCAAUGCAGGCGGCGCAGGUGCAGGCGCAAGCCCAAGCGCGGGCGCAGGCGCAGGCGCAGGCGCAGGCGGCGGCGCACGCGCAGGCGGCGGCGCAGGCGCAGGCGCAGGCGCAGGCGCAGGCGCAGGCGCAGGCGCAGGCGCAGGCGCAGGCGCAGGCGCAGGCGCAGGCGCAGGCGCAGGCGCAGGCGCAGGCGCAGGCGCAGGCGCAGGCGCAGGCGCAGGCGCAGGCGGCGGCCGCGACGGUUGCUCCGCCGCUCGCGGACGAGUGGACCGAGGCUGCGGACAGCUCCGGCCGGCCUUACUUUGUCAACCGGCGGACGGGCGAGAGCGCGUGGGCGCGGCCGGCUCGCGAGCUGGGCGGGUGGGCGCAGUACAAGAGCGCCGACGGGCGGCUGUACUACACGCAGCCGGCUACGGGUGUCCCCGACGAGUUCUCUGCGGCAGAGGCGAAGCUCGCGACGAGGCUGACCAAGCUGGCGCGGCAAAAGGGGAGGGACGGGUCGCACGCCCCGCCGGAGGACGAUUUCUUCUCCGUCGGAGCAAAGGCGGACGCUGAGGCCCGCGCCGAGGCGGAGCGGCGGGGGCGGGAGGGCGCGGCUCCGGGGGCUUCCACGGAGGACAGCGGAACGGCCGCCGCUGCCGCCGCCGCUAGCGGGGCUGGCGAGACGGAGGAGGGGGCGGGGGCGGACGGCUCUGGAGCCAACGGCGGAGGCGAGACGGCGGCGGGCGAGGGGGCGGCGGCGGCGGAGGAGGAGGAGGAGGAAGCUGCUGCGAGGGCGGCGGCGUCCGCGCCGGAGAGUCAGCUGCCCGACGCACCGACCGCCGACGAGGAGGAGGCGGCGGCGGCGGCGGAUGCGGCGGCGGCGGCGGCGAAUGCGGCGGCGGCGGCGGCGGAUGCAGAGGCUGCGGCGGCGCUGGAGGCGGAGGCGGAGGCGCGAGGGCCGUCCAAGCGGGCGCGGCGGAGGCAGCGGCAGAAGGAGGCGGACGAGCGGCACGGAAGCGGACGAGCGCGCGGCGACGCGGAGCAGCAGGCCCCGCUCUCGCUCGCGGAGGUCGACGACCCCGCCGCCGCCUUCACCGCGCUGCUGACCGAGAAGCUGCGCGCCGCCGUCGAGGCGGACCACCGCAAGGCAUCGAGCGGGCGGCGGCGCUGCGCAGUCAAGAGCAUGGCGCAGCGGAGGGCGCUCUUCGGCGAGUGGCAGCACGAGAUGGGCUCCGCCGACUCGGAGCUGCGCCAGCGGCUGAGGCGCGAGCGCAAGGAGGCGCGGCGCGAGGCGAGGCGCGCCUUCGCCGAGAUGCUGCGCGCCAGCGACGAGCUCGGGCCUCGCCCCUCCUUCUCCGCCGCGCGCACGCUGUACGGCGACGACCCGCGCUGGCGCGCCCUCGAGCGGCAGGAGCGCGACGAGGCGUGGGACGAGGCGUCUUUCCACGAGCUGCUCGCGGGGCUCGGCCUGGCCGGGGACGAGGCGUGGUCGGACGCGCUCGCCGAGCCGGAGCGGCGCGCGGCGUUUGCGGCGUUUGCAGCGGCGCGCGCGCUCGAGGCGGCGGAGGUUGCUGCGAGCAGGGCGAGGCACGGGUUCGAGCAGCACCUCUCGUCGCUCCAGAAGCGCGGGCUGCUGCGGCGCGCGUGCCGGUGGCGCGAGGCACCGGACGAGGUCGGGUGGAGGACGGGUGGUGCCGCGGAGGUCAAGGAGGACGAGCGGUACCGCCAGCUCAAGGAGCGGUGCCGCGAGCUCGCCGAGGCGAAGCAGUCCAAGCUGUCCGAGGAGCCUCACCACCCUGGGGCGGUCUUCGACGGGUUCGUCGCCAAGCUGCGGCAGGCGUACCCGGCGCACCUCGCCCGCGCCUCCGAGCUCGCGGGGCGCUGCUCGACCCUCUGCGCCGCGGACUCGCUGCCUGAUUUUGUCGCAAAGCUCGCCGCGUGGGAGGAGGCGGAGGAGCGCCGGGACGGGGCGGGCGAGGAGGGAGGCGGCGGCAACGGCAACGGCGAGAAGACUUCGGACGCGCAUGCGGACGCGGCUCCGCCUCCGCCCCGCGCGGCGGAGCUGCUGCACGAGGCGGUGGCCGCGGCGCACGAGCUCACGGUGGCGAGGCUCGGCGGCGGAGAGGGGGCGGGUGGCGGCGGAGGCGGAGAGGCCGACGCCGAUGCGGCUGAGGACGAUGGCGCCGCCGAUGGCGCCGCCGAGGAGGAGGAGGCGCGCGGCAAGAAGAAGCGGCGCAAGAAGCACCGGAAGCGCGACCACAAGGAGGACGAUGCCAAGGCGGACGAGCCGAGCCGCAGCCGCAGCCGGAGUCGCAGUCGCAGGCGCCACUCGAAGAAGAAGAGGCGCGCCGCGCAGUCGGCGCUACGGGAAGCCUCUCCGUCUCGCCGACCCGAGACCGCUCUCACUACGCCGCCGGACGACGCUGCCUUUCGCGCCAGUGCAGCCGGCUCCCGCUCGGUCAGUCCGCUGCAGCGUUUGCGCGUGCGUGCCGCGAGCCGCAGCAGUCCGCUUGCACCCCGUCCGGUCCGCCUCGCUCCCGCCCGCGCGGCGGUGACGCCCGACAAGGGCAUCUUCAAGAAGCUGUCGCCCAAGACCGUCGCGGCGGGAUACGAAGCGGCAGGGCGGUUGCAGCGAAGCCGCCUCCUCGAGGCCCGCCUCCUCGAGGCCCGCGCGCCAGAGUGCCUCCUCCGACCUUUGUGCAACAUCUCCCUGGAGCUGCCGACGGACCCUGUCGUCGCCUGCGACGGCCACGUCUAUGAGCGCUCCGCAAUCAGCGAGUGGAUCGGACGGAGCGCCGUCCUGGGCGCCGACCCCGUCUCCCCCGUGAGCGGCGAGCGCAUGGCGUCCGGCCCUCUCGCAACCUCCUUCCAGACGCGCGAGCGGAUCGAGGACCUCGUCCGCAUCGCAUCGAGGGGCCCCGCCGCCGACUCGCCCCUCGAGAACUCGCCCCUCGAGAAGCGAUGGCUCGCUCGGCAGCAAGCGGACGCCGAGGCGGCCGAAGCUGCACGCAUUCUCCAAAAUGUGACCGGCGCCGCAGCGCUCGGCCGACUAGGCCCGCGAUCACAUCAUUGUUGA